AUGGCGACCCAGAACGAGAUAAUUCCCCUCGAGUCCUUCCCUGACUCAAACCCAACCCCUGCCUUGGCACCCAUAUCGCGCAAGAAACAAGCCGCCGUGCUUUCCUCCGCCUUCGUGGCCAUAGCCCUAACAAUCGGCUAUAAUCAAUGCUUUGGCGUGUUCCAAGAGUACUAUGUCUCAUCUAGCCAAGACGUCCUAGUGCCCUCCCCAGCUUCACAGCCAUCACCGCCGACGGCUCUGCUCACUUUCGUGGGCACGCUGUGCUACGGCCUGACUUGGGCGGGCGGUGUCAUUGUCAAUCCUGUGAUAUCACGUAUUGAGCAUGGCAUUUGGGGCCCGGCUACGGCAUCAAGCCGGCUACGCACCCGCAGGCUCUUGCGCCUCCUGACGCCGAGGACAGUCACCAUAUCAGGGGUUCUCUUAGUGUCCGCUGGGCUCACGCUAGCCUCCAUCAGCAGCUCCAUCUGGCAACUCUUGCUUACCCAAGGGUUUCUGAUUCUCGCAGGUGGCGGCAUAGGCGGUCUGAUACUCUCCCCCGCGCUCCGCGCGCUUCUCAGUCUUGUCGGCGGGCGCUGGACCCUCAGGAUCUAUGCCAUCUUCAACCUUGUCGUCGGUCUUCCAAUCGCCUGGGCAGUGCCGCGGAGCCGAUUUGCAGCCGGCCAAACCACAGACGACCCGGACAGGCCCAACACGCACGUCUCCCGCGCCCUGGCCGCAAGGCCAACCUUCCUCUUUUCCGCAGCCGCUGCCUUCCUCCAAGCAGCCGGCGCCCAACUGCCACUGUCGUUUAUCCCCUCGUACACGGUGGUCCUCGGCCUCAGUGCCUCCAACGGCGCCAGUUUCCUCGCAGCCAGCAACGCCAUCAAUGCCGUCUCACGCGUGCUGACGGGCUACGCCGGCGAUCGUCUCGGCAGGCAAAACACCCUUGUCCUGACGCUCCUGGUUGCGGCGUCCAGCGUCUUUGCCUUCUGGCUGUCGAGCGUCCAGGCAGCUGCUGCUGGGUCCUCUUCGGCUUCGCUCUGGUUGGCGUUCAUUGUCCUGUACAGCCUCUCAGCGGGCGGAUACUAUGCGCUGUUUCCGGCGCUCAUUGCUGAGGUUUUUGGGAUCAGGCAGUAUGCGGCUGUGAAUGCGUUUAUCCUUUUUGUGCGAGGGUUGGGGACGAUGUUUGGGAGUCCUGUUGGCGGGCAGCUGCUAGGGAACUCGGAAGACGGGACGAAAGCGUAUGCGAGCGUCGCGUACUGGGAUGGCGCGCUGUUGAUGGGCGCGACCCUGUGUUGCGUUGGGGUGAGGUGGGCGGAUGGGAAGGGGAAAGGGUGGAAGUGGGUUGCCUGA